AUGAAGACUGGCCAGGGGUUUCUUCUUGUGUUUAGUAUAACAUCGCCAUCGUCACUCAACGAAUUGGCUGGACUGCGUGAGGAGAUUAUUCGCAUCAAAGAUGAUGAGAAUGUGCCAAUGGUCAUUGUCGGCAACAAGGCCGACCUCGAAGAGAACCGCGCGGUGCAGAGAGCCAAAGGGUUUUCGAUAUCACAACGAUGGGGCGCACCUUACUACGAGUCUAGCGCCAGGACAAAAACCAAUGUCGACGAAGUUUUCAUCGAUUUAUGUCGCCAAAUGUUACGGAAAGACGACGAUUACCUGGCAGCCAACGGAACUGACGACGGUGGCUUCAAAUUUGAUGCUUUUCGUGCAGCGCAUAAGCGCAGAAGACGGAUGAGAGUUCGGGAGCGGGAUAAUCCUAGAUGUGCUAUUCUGUAG